AUGUAUAGAAUCCCUACAAUAGAUGGCAAGUUCAGACUUAGGGAAGUACAUGUUGGGAAGGAUGUUUGGGAUAUGGCUUCUAUAGGUAAACAUAGUGAUAAAGUUGAACUUUAUGUAGUCCAUGAGUUUCAUAUCAGAUUUUUGAAUGCUAGUAUGGGCUACACAAUUGCUAAAAUUGAAGACUUGUUGAUGAAAGUAGAUGAAGAUGAUGCUAGUAAGGGCUGCUCAACUUCUAAGAAAGCAUAUGAAGACUUGUUUCAUAUAGACAUGACAUUUGAUGACUUCUUUUGGAAUGAUGAACUCCUAGUUCAUGUAACAGUUGAAGAAGUUGAUGAGGGUAAAAAGAAAAGGGCAAAACGAGAGGUAGUCAAACUUGAUUAUAACUUCAGCAAAGAUGAUGAUGACAUGAUAUACAAGAACUAUACAUCAAAUGUUGAUAUGUCACUUGAAGAUCAGAUUGGCAAUGUAGAGGCUGAAAGUUUCAUAAACGUGAAACUUCCUCUCUUUUUUCCACCCAGCCUCUCGAAGCCACAAAUCAAUAGCAAAUUGAAAUACAAUACAAAAAAUCAAGGCACAAUCACUAGCCGUACCUGUAGUACCUUCAUUUUCCUCAUCUGCAACACUACCUCUUCAAAACGCACCUCCAGUUCCUUCUCUUUGCCCGCCUCAUCAGUUCCCCCAAAGAUUGGUGGGUUGAGUAUAAGUUGUGCUCGUGUGGGAGGAGUGGAGAUACCAAACAGCAAAAGGGUGGAGUUUUCUUUGCAGUAUAUUCAUGGGAUUGGGCGUACAACGGCUAAGCAGAUACUGGUUGACCUUGGAAUGGACAACAAAUUCACAAAGGACUUGUCUGAAAAAGAACUCACCUCUCUCCGUGAAGAAGUCACCCAGUACAUGAUUGAAGGAGAUCUUAGGAGGUCUACUGCACUUGCAAUUAGGAGGCUAAAGGAGAUCCAAUGUUACCGAGGUGUGAGGCGGCAUAUUCAGGGAUUGCCCUGUGGAGGGCAACGUACAAAGAACAACUGCCGGACCCUGAAGGGCAAGAAGGUUACUGUUGCUGGAAAGAAGAAGGCACCUCGCUAAAUUGGUUUGUUUUCUAAAGUACAGCAAAUGGAAAACUGUUAAUUUCCAUAUUUGUUGUAACAUCCCGAAUUAAGCUAACUGCUUGGUUAAUUAUUUU